AUGGCUGGAUAUCAGAGAACAGCGGAUCAUGUAAGAGACUAUAUCCAGCGCUUCAGCCUUGAUAACUGUGCUCUUGGGAGCCAGGGCUAUAACCGAGUUCUCCUACAGCUGUUUGGGUUUAUGGGUCAUGGCAAGUCCUCCCUCAUCAACUCCUGCAAGUAUGUAUUAGAUGAUGGAGAAUAUCUAAUUCAUGCAAAUGCAUUGGCUUCCCAUACUAGUGUCACUUUCAACAGAACAGCCUACCCACUCACUGACACCAUCACUAUUGUGGAUAACAGGGGGUGCUCUACAUUCAACGCGUAUGAGACUGGGGAAAUCUAUGCACAGCUGGGUAACUUUAUUCCAGUGAAUCAGAGAGUUGAAUGGACAAAUAACUAUAAAGAGAUGAUAGACAGACUGGAGGACUCAGAAAUGGAUCCUAAUUUCACAGAUUUUACUAUUCCAGUGUUUGUUUACAGUGUUAAAAAGGGACUUGCUGAAGGGGAGAAGAAAGAGGUAAAAGAGUUCAUCGAUAACUGCCGGAAAAUGACAGGAGUUUAUCCAGUUGUGGUUCUGACCCACAAAACCUGUGGAGACUUCAUUCGGGCUGAGAAGGAGUUCCAACUGAUGGGAGUAGAGAAGGUGAUUAAGAUAGAAAACUACACAAGGGAGGAUCAUGGCAGAACACAAGGGCGCCACAAGGAGAUCCUAAACUUUCUCUACAACGUUCUGGAAGAUGUCAACUUCCAAAUGAAAUAUAAAAGGAAUGCAAGAAAAGAGAGAAUAGAGCGCAAGAAAUUUCUGCAUAACUUUCUGCAUCACAGACAGAUGAAGCAAAAAGAGGAGCAAAUGCGUGGGUCAAGGUUAAGAAAUAUUCCAAAGCCAAUAUAUCCUUUAGGGCUAUAUAAGAGCUUAUUGGCACAACAAAUGUCAACCUUAUUUCAGGAAGAUUCAGAUUCUGACUAGCCAAAUGUGAUCCAUUCAAAUCACAUUACUUUUGGUCACAUGAACAAGGAAGCCAUUCUUUUUUUUUUUUGCCAAAAAAAAAAAAGCACUGCAUUUUUUGACCCUUCCAUAGCCUAAUCUGUAUAUAUGUUAUGCAAAUGUAGAUAAGUCUUCAGAUUUAGAAUUGGCUGAAUACUAAAAUAGAAAUAGAUUCUGUGCAUCUCUAGUUUUAUUGCCGGCUUCUUAGAUGAAUACUGGCAUUCUGAUCAAUUUAGCACCAUGGCUGUUAUUCUGGACAGUCUCAUGGCACAAAGAUAUCAUAUCAAACCCUGGCCUUUGCCAUUGAUUGCUAGGCACGAAGUGCCCAUUUGGUUCUCUUAUCAUUUGAUUAGUAAAUCAUUGUUAAUGGAUUUAUGCAUUUUUAAAGACUUUGAGAAAAGGAAAACAUUGCUUCUUACAAACUCAGUUGCUAUGCCAAUCAAUUAUUGACAAACUUCUUUUGUAACUGUAGUUGCACCACUGGGAGCAGAUAUGUAUCCUGAACAAUGCAUAGUUUGUAAAGGCUUUAGAUUGUUAAAAUCUUUGUCUAGACUUUAUCUUUUAAUUACUAUAGAAAUGGGGUUUUUUUCUGUAGUUGUUUUUCCUUUAAUUCAAUAAAAGUAUAUGUUCUCAGUUAACAGAAUGUUAUUUUUGCUUUUACACCUACU